GUUUGGGCGGAAGCUCGAUCGCGCAACAGCUGCGGCUACCUUUUCCGACAGUACUCGCAGCUGGCUCUGGUGCAGCCCUGCAGGGGUGAGCUGCCAUCCUUCGACGCGCUGCAAGCGGCCUGGAUGCAGGAUACAGACAGCGAUGAGGAAAAGCCAACACCAUUUUGGGAGAAGGUCCCAAAGCGGCAGGAUAUUUUUGCCGCGGUUGACGGCAAGCUCCAGCCGAACGACGACUUUCCAAUAUUCCAGGAUGAACUUCUAUCUGAAGCUGAAGUUGCCGUGUAUCCA